AUGCCGAAAAGCAUAGCCUCGACUGCCGCCGCCGGCAGCGACGGUGGCGCGGACAGCGGAAAACCCCUGUCGACGGCAAUCAACAACCAGCCGAAGGGAGGGGCAAUGAUAAUGAAAAGCGUUUCCAUUUUUCUGGCUAGUGGCAGACGAGCGUCGGCUCAAUCGAGAGAUACGGGCGGGAAAGCUAGUACCUCGCGGGGCCCGCGUCCAGUGCCAGUGAAGGAGCCGCCGAGCAAGGGCCCACGGAGCAAGAUAUCGCGCGACAACCGGCGGAUCCUCGCCAGGAUGGACGAGCUGAACGGCAAGCUGAACCCGAAGACGCUGGAGAUGUACAAGCGACGCACGCACUUUUUCAAGGUCGAGGUGGAGGCGCUAUGCAAAAUCUACCGAAAGCUGGUGGCGAACGCUAGCAUCAACUCGAAGGCCCUCGCCGUCAGCAAUCCGGGCGUGAUAGCGAAGGCGGGCUCGUCGAUGGACGGCAUCGAUCGGUCCGUCUUCCGCGAGCUACUCCACAGUACCUUCGACAUCGUGACCGAGGAGACGCUAAUGGAGCGCAUCUUCUGCGCGUGGGAGAAGGGUUACGAGGGGCUCCCGAUACGCCUCGAGGGGUGGCUGAUGGGCCUGUCUACCUUCCUCAAGGGGUCGCAGGCCGAGAAGACUGCCUUCUGCUUCCGCGUGUACGACCUGAACAGCGACGGGUUCAUCACGAAGGACGAAAUGUUCGCCCUCCUGCGCAACUGCCUCAUCAAGCAGCCCCAGGACGAAGACCCGGACGAGGGCGUUAAAGAUUUGGUCGAGAUUGCGCUCAGGAAACUCGACAUGGACAAGGAUGGCAAGAUCUCGUUUCAAGACUACCAAGAAGCAAUCGCCGAGGAGCCGUUGCUGCUGGAAGCGUUUGGACAGUGCCUACCGUCGGAUCGUGCCACGAUGUCAUUUAUGUCCACCCUACAAGCCCAGGAAGAUUCAAACUGA